ACUCACGCAAGGGUAGACUUGUCAGAAAAUUAAUUUUUGUGUAUCCUUCUUCCUUCCGAGUUCCAAAUCUGUGUCUAUAAAUAUCCCUUUCCUUCCUAGAACGACAGCAGAGAACAGAGCUACUUUCCGUCAAAUGGAGAUCAGUCUCAGACAAACUCAAGUAAUGGAGAUACUCUUAGCAUUUGUAGUGGUGGGAUUAUUGAGCUCCAAGGGAGCAGAAUCCAGGAAUCGAAGGGUUUUGGACUCUUUCGAGUACAGUGCCAUAAGUUGCAGAACACACAGUGCUUCAAUAACGGAUUUCGGUGGAGUCGGCGACGGAAUCACAUCGAACACAAAGGCCUUUCAAUCGGCUAUUAAUAGUCUCAGCCAGUACGCUUCAGACGGUGGAGCUCAGCUGUUCGUCCCCGAAGGAAAAUGGCUGACGGGAAGUUUCAAUCUCACCAGUCACUUCACUCUCUAUCUUCACAAAGACGCUGUCCUUCUCGCAUCUCAGGACGUGAGCGAAUGGUCUGUGAUCAAUCCUUUGCCAUCGUACGGUAGAGGAAGAGACGCUGUAGGUGGACGGUAUAUCAGCCUCAUCUUCGGAACAAACCUCACUGACGUCGUAAUUACUGGUGCUAAUGGAACAAUAGACGGUCAGGGUGCGCUGUGGUGGCAAAAAUUUCACGGGAAAAAGUUGAAGUACACUCGGCCCUACCUUAUCGAGAUCCUGCACUCCGAUCUGGUUCAGAUAUCCAAUCUAACGCUCGUCAAUUCUCCAUCCUGGAACGUCCAUCCCGUUUACAGCAGCAACGUUCUAGUGCAAGGGGUUACUAUCAUCGCCCCCAUCACCUCACCAAACACUGAUGGAAUUAAUCCAGAUUCUUGCUCGAAUGUGAAGAUCGAAGACUGCUACAUAAUAUCAGGGGAUGACUGUGUAGCCGUUAAGAGUGGUUGGGACGAAUACGGGAUCGCCUACGGAAUGCCAACCAAGGGACUCAUCAUCAGACGUCUCACCUGCAUCUCUCCAUACAGUGCCGUCAUAGCGUUGGGAAGCGAGAUGUCAGGGGGAAUCCAGGACGUCCGUGCAGAGGACAUCGUAGCCAUCCAUACAGAAUCUGGAGUAAGGAUCAAGACCGCAGUUGGAAGAGGAGGAUACGUGAAGGACAUAUACGUUAAGGGGAUGACAAUGAAGACGAUGAAGUGGGCCUUUUGGAUGACCGGAAACUAUGGGUCCCACGCAGAUACCCACUACGACCCGAAGGCACUUCCUGUAAUAAAAGGCAUCAACUACCGUGACAUGGUGGCGGAGAACGUCACCAUGGCCGGACGGCUAGAAGGAAUCUCCGGCGAUCCUUUCACCGGGAUUUGCAUCUCUAAUGUUACUAUCGCAUUGGCCCCAAAACCCAAGAAGGUGCAAUGGCUCUGCACAGACGUGGAAGGGGUUACCAGCGGUGUUGUUCCACAGCCUUGUGCUCUGUUGCCGGAAAAGAGUGCGGAGUCGCCGGAUGGGAUGACCUCCUGUGCUUUUCCGACUGAUACACUUCCGGUCGACAAUAUGGAGUUCAAAAAAUGCUCUUAUAAAAGAAACUACAUAUUAUGAACUAGUAAUUCAGAAUUGCAGAUUAAGACUUGGGACCUCUGUAAUGUAAUUGUAAUGGUUGUAGUGAUAUACCAUUUCUGUGAAUUGGGAUAGAAGUGUUGAUGGACAAUUUGGAGGAGGAUAUGAAUAGAUCAUGAAUAAUAGGUGUUCAAUUCUUGCUUGAACAA